GAACAGCAUUUGCUACCUUUUAGUGUUUUUUUUUCUCUUUUAGUUUACUUGGAUCACACGGCACCUCUUAUUUUCCUCAAUCCUUUGUAGCAACACUCUAUCUAUUCUGAUAAGCAGUUUCUAAUGGUUUUCUAGGUUGCAUCGAAGAAACAAUGGAGAAAUCCUUGAGAGAUUUUGGUUGCACUUUUGCAGCUGUAGGAGUGGAAUAAGGGUGGUUUUAGCUUUAGUAUCUGCAGUACUUGGGUUGAGGGUCUGUAUGAGAGAUCUUUAUUUGGGCUUUUUUCUAUGAGACUGUGGAAGAAUGGGGCACCCUGCUUUGCUUUAUUGAGAACCCAUGUGGUGAUGGGCUUUGGAAUACAGAUAUAAUUGGGGCUUUAUUCUGCUUUUUGGGGAAUGUCAUGGCAUGCUUUUUGCAUGAUUUGGUGCUCAGUUUUCAUGGAUUACUAAAUUAGUGUUGUCUAGUUUUGUCUGUUUGAGUUCAAAGAUUUAGUUGGGUUACUUAAGCUUGGAAAGUGAUAAUAGUUGGUUGCUUGGUAAAUUGAUGUUCUGAUGAUGAUGAUGAUGAUUAUGAUAAGCAGGCAGCAGAAGGAGAAGAGCUAAAGUGGCAGAUGUCAGAAGUUUUUUAAUUGUUUCCUUUGAUUUAAUAGAUGCACUUUUUGUGAGGUCACCAUAUACAGAGAUCUAAUCUUAAUAUGCCCUCCAUACGCUUUUCUUUACAUUAUGCUCAAGCAAUCGACUUUAUAACAUUCCUGUUUGUAUGAGGAAAGGAUAUUAUCUAUCCCUAGUGUUUUUCCCUUUCCACUUUUUGCUAGAGUUGGACGUAAUCUCUUCAGACCCUUACGAGACUGUGUUACAAGUGCUGCAGUGCAGUUAUAACUCAUACCCAGCUAUAAUUCUGCUCCUAUGAUAUAAAUUCUGGACCGUGUAUUGCGUCGACUGUACGUACUUUUGUGCUUUUUUAUUCAGUCGGCGUAUAUAUGAGCAUUAAAUUAGGGGCGAGCAUUUAGUUAUGGUUUCUUGGCUGGGGAUGAGCGACAGUAUGAAAUGGUUUGUCGACGGAAAGGUCAGAAAUCCUGUUACCAGUUCUGAUUUAAUCGACGCCAAGUUCGAAGAACAUCACUGCUAUAAAAUCAGAAGAUGUCCUGCAUGUGGGUAUCAGAUUGAAAGAGAAAAGCAGGGUAUUCAGGAUUGGCCAGGCUUGCCUUCUGGUGUGAAAUUUGACCCCACAGAUCAGGAGCUGAUAGAGCAUCUUCAAGGGAAGGUUGGCAUUGAUAAUUGCAGUCCUCAUCCUAGGAUUGAUGAGUUUAUUCCAACAAUUGAAGGAGAAGAUGGGAUCUGCUACACCCAUCCAGAAAAACUGCCAGGAAUAUCUAGAGAUGGUCUUAUAAGGCAUUUCUUCCAUAGGCCAUCCAAGGCAUAUACAACAGGCACCAGGAAAAGAAGGAAAAUUCAGACAGACUGUGAUGAACAAGGUGGAGAAACAAGAUGGCAUAAGACUGGGAAGACAAGGCCUGUGAUGAUUCAUGGCAGGCAGAAAGGCUGCAAGAAAAUCCUGGUUCUGUAUACCAACUUUGGCAAGCACAGAAAACCUGAGAAAACAAACUGGGUCAUGCACCAGUACCAUUUGGGUUGUCAAGAAGAAGAAAAGGAAGGAGAGCUAGUGGUAUCCAAGGUCUUCUAUCAGACACAGCCAAGGCAAUGCAGUUGGGAAAAGGCCUCAGAUAGUGGGGAUGCAUCUGCAUCUGCUUCUGCUAAGGCAUCUAGUGUCGACAUAGCUGAGAAUCCCAAGAGCCCUACUGUUACAGAAGAGACUGUUAAAAUCUGUGUUGAAACAUCUGAAAAGCAGUUCUAUUCCUUGGAUCAGCAACAAAUUAAAGCAAGCUAUAGUUUAUCACUUGUUCCUUCUAGAGAAAGCAGUGAUCAAGGAAUCAACAGUAGUAGGGAGAACAAGGGCUCAGAAAUUAACUCUCAAGGCACUCCUCCUCAAUAUUCUGGUGCUCUGAAUACCACCAAUAAAGACAACACACUGAAAUCUCCAAACCAGUCAGAAGUGCACACUAACAAUAACACUGAUAGAGAGGAUUGGGUAGCCUCUGAUCAGGACUCUCAACAGCACAACCAUGGUCAUCAUCCAGAUUUGGAUGAAAAUUAUAUGACAAGACUACUCCGCUGUCAUGAGACUCUACAACAAGUGGGGGCUAUUUCUGGUACAAAUUUUGUGUCUUACGGCAGCCAGAACUUGGAUGAUCUAGCAGCUGAACUGGGUUUGACACUUGAAGAUCAGGCCCAAAGGCACACGAUUAUUAACAACAAUGCAGUAUCUCCACACAAGAUCAAUUCACUAGAAGACAUCUUCAUGGAUACGUCCACUGAAAUAAAAGAGGAACCUUUGUCAACCAACCAGGAAACAGAAUGGCUAAAGUACCCAUUUUGGACAGAUUCUGACCAUACUGGACCCGUCGACAGAAGAUUAAUGUAGGAGGUAUCUACUAUCUACGUUCAUUUUAGAGGCCCUACUUCCAUACAAGUUUGCUAUAAUAAUUUUGUCUCAUGAUCACUCACAAAAUCCAAUCUCUCAUCUCAUCUCUCUUGCACGUGUUGUACAAAUCUAAGCCACCAUUUUAUAACUAAAAACAGUACUGAGCAACUGAUUAUACCUGUAUCUUCACCAGAGGAAGAACCCUACACAGAGUUGCUUUGCUUUGCUUCACUUUACAGGUUGCUUUAUCAAAAAGAAGCUGUCUAACAGAAUAUAUAUCAUUAUCAUACUGUAAUUUUUUUAUAUAUCUUGAUGCAAGCCAUGAUUAUAUGGCCCUUGUGGGCACUGCACUGCCCUAUAAUCAUUAUUGUUGUAUUCCUUGUAUUUGAGUAAAGAUCACCUGGCUCAGAUCCAGGCAAAAAAAUAUCCAUUUUAAAAUACAAUCUCUUAGCGGAGACAAUAUGAUAUACAUCUCUAUUCUCUGUAAUAACAAAAGUCUCAGCUUUUAGUGCUUGUAGAAGUCUGGCAUAAUUUUGCCCACUGCUCAGUACGUGAAAGGCAUCAUUGUAUACUACUACUACUACUACUACUUAACAUUGAAGAUAGUGUGAUCUGAAGGAGUAUUCCACUUGCAGAGAA